AAAUGUGAGCACUUGUGAUAAUAUUUGUAUGUGUAGGUUGAAAUGUACACUCACAGCUCUGAUGUGAACAGCUGAAUCCUUCGAUUUGCACACACACAUAAUAAUCCAAACACUUGUGUUUUAAAUUCGAAGUUGCAGAUUAAUAGAUGUGUAUUUGUAAAAUGUCAUUCACAAAUACAAAAUGAUAGACACACGUGUGUGCUUCCAAUUUACCUGUGCACGUAUUGCAGUUUCACUGUACAAGCACAAGUCGGCACUCACAACCUCUCAGAUUUAUCUGUACAUGUGCAAAUCCACGAGCUCUAACAUUUGCAACACAUUUCGCGAGAUUCCUGUUGCAGAACUACCUGUGAGACUUGAAGAUCCAGAGGCGCGAGGAGCUGGGGGCGGGGCGCAGGUAAAGCCGUUUUAUUGGCUGAUGCUCGACCAAUGAAUGGCAACAGCCAACGUGGGUGCAAAAAAUAAUUUGUACGAUUAUUUUACUAUUAUUAUUUAGUUUUUAAACUAUUUUAUAAAAAGAUACCUUUUUAUAACAUUAAAUUGACGAAUAUGUACAUACCAGUAAAAGAGCAGCAAAGUCAGUUGAUUGGCUAGAGCCAGCCAAUGAAAUGGGACGUUUUUGUACGUCAGCACACAGGGCAGCUCACGCUGUUUUUCAUGGUCGCGAUGGCGGCAUCGAAUAAUCCGAGGGAACUGUUGUUGAAUCACUUAUUGCAACGGCUUUGUAAUCGCCUGACACUCUGGCUAGAACGUAUCCCACUUGACAUAGACUUUCUAGAAUUUACAUGUGCCCAGGAGCUGGUCAUUUUUAGUGCCAUCUCACAUCAGAUUCCCCUUGCACAUGAAGUGUAUGAUGCACUUUACCAGGUACACCAAAUGGCUGUACACCAGCACUAACAGUGAUUCACAUGUCAUAGUUUGCGAAGAGAAAGGAACAAAUGGCCGUCCACGGAUUUUACUAUAUGAAGAUUCUGUAUCCCAACUGCUUUCUUCAGGAUUUCCUGUGACAUGUAUUGCAAGGUUGCUCGGGGUGUCUAGGUUCACAAUUCAUAGACAGAUGGUGGAAUGGGGGUUGUCUGUAAAGUCAACCUACAGCAACUUAACAGAUGCAGAGCUUGAUUCACUUGUGGCAAAAAUCCACACUAGCAAUCCCAAUGCAGGUUACAGAAUUAUGAUGGGACUUCUGAGAGCACAAGGUCAUCAAGUCCAAUGGGAUAGAGUUCGUACUUCAAUGCAUCGUGUUGACACUGCAAGCAUCGUUUCCAGGAUGUCACAGUUAGGAUGUGUGGUUAGAAGGACAUACUCUGUCCCCAGUCCAAAGUCCCUAAUGCACAUAGACACAAACCACAAGUUGAUACGGUAUAACAUCGUGAUAUUUGGAGGUAUCGAUGGCUUCUCCAGGAAGAUAAUGUAUCUUGGUGUCUCGAAUAACAAUCUGGCGUCGACAACACUGUCUUUUUUCCGUGAGGCAGUCCAGAAGUUUGGAUUUCCAAUGAGGGUUCGAGGUGAUCACGGAGGGGAGAACGUAGACGUGGCCUGCCUCAUGUUUUCUGUCCGUGGAACAGGGAGAAGUAGCUUUAUCGCGGGUAAAAGUGUUCACAAUCAGAGAAUCGAGCGAUUGUGGCGGGAUGUGUUUACUGCAGUUACCUCCCACUUUUACCAUGUUCUGCAUGCACCAGCUGGAAGAGAAUGAACAUCUUGAUCUAUCCAGCAGUCUUCACAUUUUCUGCUGUCACUAUGCCUUCAUCCCACGUCUCCAGGCCCAUCUCAAUACAUUUACAGAUGGAUGGGACAACCAUCCCAUUUCAUCUGAGGGCAACCUCUCUCCUAAUCAGCUGUGGCAACUUGGGCAGCAGUACCAUUCAGAAGACUGUGAUGAGAUUCUACAGAUUCCACAAAUAGACUGGGAAAGCAGUGGUCUUGUCAACAGUGACACAAAUUCUGGCAUUCAGGUUCCUGAAAUUGACUGUCCACUUACCUUGGUGGAACUUAAUCAACUAAAGGUUGCUGUGAACCCAAUGCAGCCAUCAGAAAAUUUUGGGGCAGAUGUUUACAUUGCUACACUGCAGUACAUGCAUAGCAUUGGUUAUAUGUAAUUGAAAUAACAAAAUUACUCAAAGAACAAUUUGUCUUGAUAUUUUAUUUGGUUUGAACAGUAGCAGAACAUUAACGUAAUCAUUUCAAUCAGUGUUUUGUCUUGCUACAUCUGUAGCUGCCUCUAAACAUCUUGACAUGACAAUUAAAGCUUUAUUUUCAACACAGUAUAAAACGUUUCACUUAUUUAACAUUACUUAAGAAGACUCUAAUAUACGUAAAAUG